AUGGUGCGCAUGUGGUCGUGUUCGAACGCGACUGGGUUCAAUAUGGCCGGCAUGCAGGCGGUCCUAUUCCGUUCAGAGAGCUUCGGAGGCAACGUUCGAAUUCGGCGUUGGCGGCAAACGAAGACGGACUGGUUAAAUAAGCACCACGAUUGCAGGUCGGGGUCCAAGGAUUCCAGCCCAAUGGUCGACGAUCUGCAUUCGUCCAUCAAUUGCAACGGUGAUUCUUAUCCGUCUCGAGGGCUCUUUGGGUCUCGUACCAUACUAGGUAUACCUAGGCACUCGAAGAGGAAUGGACUAUGGGCAGGGUUCCGCCAUUGA